AUGCAACUCUCUAGCCUUCGUGGCACUUUGGUGGUUUUCUUAAUCGCAUACCUUAAGACCGAUGUUGCUGCGAUCUCGAGAGAUGAUCUUGAGACGCACCGGCUGCUGCGAGCGGCUACGAAACGGUCAGACCUCUACAGGAGAGGCGUGAGGAUCACCAAGAGAUUUGAGACCGAAUUGGCUUACGUUGAGAAUGAGAACGUCUGGAAUGACGAGUCUACAUUUGCUUCACAGGUCCAAGUCAGCUCACGGAAACCUCUGCUCAACUUGGAAGAGCAUGAACACCACCUGCAAGACGUACAGUGCGACGACGAUACGAUGAAACUGCACUUUGUAGAUACUUCCUCAGCACGAGAUGCCCGAUCGGCUUGUCAUGGUGCUCACGGAGGCCUAAUUAUUACGUCACAUAAGAGCUGUAAUGAGGAAGGUGAACGAUCGGUAUAUCAGGUACAUGAUGUGUCAUUCGCUAAGGAUGGAGAAGCCCUUGAGCUAUCCGUUUCGAAGACGACAUGGCAAGCAGCGUUUGACUACGUGGACAUCUCAUUUGGUCACACUACGGAGGAUCAUGUAUACCGGCGCCAUUCCGACUUUACGAGGCUCCGCCGCAAGCGACAGAAUAGAAUCAACAUACCUACAGACACUCCUGACGAUGUCAACACUGUUGCCUUUGACCUAGGAUCAGAGCUUCUAAACAAGACCUUCGGCCUCGAAUCCUUCUUGUCAGCAAUUUCUCCCGGCAACCCAGUGCCCGAAUCAUCGGUACCAAUUGAGAUUGGAUGUAAGAGGUGUACGACAAGUGGACAGCUCGCUCUUACACAGGGCGCCUUCAAGAUUGACGCUUCACAAAUUGAUCUGAUUCCGGACGCCUUCGAAGGCGGAGAUGAUGGGAAGGAAAUUACGAGUGUGAUUACUGGUGGCUUCGUCGAGCUUGUGGCUACUGGUGUUGGUGCACGACUUGAGUUGUUUGCCAGACCAGUCAGCUCUGGUGAAUUCGAGAUCACCUUGUUCCAGGUUCCAAUUGCUGGUUUCGUGAUUCCCGGCGUUGGCAAGGCUGGAGCUAUCUUUGAGCCAAGGAUUGCGUUCGACUUUGAGCUGAGCGGUACACUCGAAGUCAACUACGGGCUUGAGGUCACGGUUCCUGAUGGUUCCAGCCUCCGAGUGGAACUUACGGAUCUUGCCAGUAGCAGUCUCACUGGUUUCCAGGAAUCCAGACUCACUCCAUUGCCUGUCGAAGUCAACGUGACUGAUGCAGAAAUUCUACUCGGUCUCGCCUUCGUACCUUCAAUACCGAUUGGGUUCGAAUUCCUGGAUCAGCUGAAGGCUGAAGUAACGCCUUCUUUGCAGUUGCCCCGUCUGGACGCGAAGCUAUCGAGCAAGAUUAUAGAGAACUGCGGUAAUGGCAGUAACAGCACUCAUUCAGAUGCGCCAUUUGCGAACCACACGGCAGGACUAUCACCCGAACUCAUCAAGUUAGGCCCUCUGGCCUUGGUCGAAGCAAACAUAUCUCUUUCGAUUGAUAUCGCUCUAGACGUUUCCUUGCCGGCCCUCCCACCACCUUUCAAUGCAGUUGGAAUUGAAGAGAAUAUUUUCACGGCAGUCUUCCCUUUGUUGUCGUCCUGCGCAUCGCCCGACAACGCUUUCAAUAACGCUACAGGCGUCGUAGUCCCUCCCUCAAUGGCUAGCCACAGCGCCAUGGCAACGAUGUCGAACGCUACCAUGGGAAUGGCGCAUGCUGAUGACACAGCGGCACUUGUCAGUGAAGAGGCGGCGGCUCCGACACUUGACCCGAGCAUCUCUUUUAUAUUCGCUAGUGAUGUGGUGUCUUCGACCUCGGAGUUGAUUGCUACUUCGACGCCGACCAGUACUAUCAUGUCAGCAACUUCUCUCACAAACUACUUCGACAAGGGCAAGUUAUACUGCUUACACAGUUUCCACGCCUUGCACUUCUUCUCUGUUAUACCCUACUUCGACGAUUGCGAUCGAGAAAACCUCUACUAUUUGUACUACUUCUCUAAAACACACGUCGACACUGAUCGACUACACUGUCUCUGCGACAUCAUCACCAUGUACUACUACAUCGACAGCGGCCUAUGGCUACACCACAUCGUCAACGUCCCCUCUGGAGACUACGACAACGCCAUGCGACACCACUCGGACGAGCCUUACCACAAGAACGACUUACAUCACGGUGGCUCCGUCUAUAGCGACUUCGACCCCUUGUUCGCUUACAUCAACUCUUACGACGAAUAG